AUGGUUGCAAACACUAAUACACUCUCAUUGCGAUUGGUCCUUGAGAAGGACAAAUUGAAUAGUUUGAACUUUCUUGACUGGUUCCGUAACUUGAGAAUUGUCCUCAAACAAGAACGGAAAUUAUAUGUCAGUGAAAAAUCACUUCCUGAUGAACCACCUGCUAAUGCCUCGAGGGCUGAUAAAGAUGCUUACAAGAAGCAUCUCGAUGAUAUGGUAGGCGUUGGAUGUCUUAUGCUUGCCACUAUGAAUCCUGAGCUUCAAAAGCAACAUGAGGAUAUGGUUGCUUAUGAUAUGAUCGAGCACUUGAAAGAACUAUAUCAAGGGCAAGCAAGGCAAGAGAGGUUCGUUAUCUCUAAGGCCCUAUUCCAAUGUAAGCUGGCUAAAGGAAGCCUAGUAGGACCUCAUGUCCUUAAGAUGAUUGGCUAUAUUGAAAGCCUGUCUAAGCUUGGGUUUCCAUUGGGCCAAGAGUUGGCCACUGAUGUUAUUCUGCAAUCGUUGCCUGAUAGCUACAACCAGUUUGUCCUCAAUUUCAAUAUGAAUGAAAUUGACAAGACUCUGACACAAUUGCUUAGCAUGUUACGAACUGCUGAAAACGACAUGAAAAAGGUUGGACCCAAGCCCAUACUGAUGGUCCGUAACAAUAAGGGUAAGGGAAAGGCCAAAGUCCCGACAAAGCCUAAGGGAAAAGGUAAGCCCAAUCUUGGAAAAGGAAAGGCUACACUGAAACCUAAAGGUGGGGUAUCUAAGGAAGGAAACUAUUUUCAUUGUGGUGUGACUGGACAUUGGAAGUGGAACUGCCCUAUCUAUCUUGAGGAAAUCAAGAAGGCCAAAGCAAGCGGAACGUCUGCUUUAGGUAUUUAUGUUAUUGAUAUUAAUUUAUCAACUACUACUUUUUGGGUAUUAGAUACUAGUUGUGGUUCUCAUAUUUGUACUUCUGAUAGGGACUACAAAGGAGUAGGACUUUGGCUAGAGGAGAUGUGGACUCAUGAGUUGGAAAUGGAGCAAGAGUUCUUUGCAUUAGUCGUGGGAACAUAUACUUUAUCUUUGCCUAGUGGACUUGGUGGAGAGUAUUUGAGCCUAGAGUUUGAUGAUCUUUUGAAGGAAUGUGGGAUUGUCUCACAACUUACUCCUCCUGGUACUCCUCAAUGGAAUGGAGUUUUUGAGAGAAGAAAUCGAACUCUAUUAGACAUGGUUCAAUCCAUGAUGAGUCAGGUUAAUCUACCGACUUUCUUUUGGGGACAUGCACUUAAAACAGCUAUUUUCACACUAAAUCGUGUUCCAUCUAAAUCGGUUCAAAAGACGCCAUAUGAGAUGUGGACUCGGAAACGUCCCAGUGUAUCUUUGUGGGGUAUCCGAAAUAAACCAAAGGAUAUUAUUUCUUUAAUCCCAUUUGAGAACAAAGUGUUUGUUGCUCGGACUGGUAUCUUCCUAGAGAGAGAAUUUGUUUCUAGAAAAGGAAGUGGGAGAAAGAUUGAACUUGAAGAAAUUCGAGAAUCACAAGAUACCACUGAACCAGAGAUAGAACAACAGCAAAUUCCACAAGAAAUUGAGGAACAAGUAACUGCUGUAGAAACACAACCACCACGUAGAUCUUUAAGAGAACGCCAUGCACCUGAGAGAUAUGGAUUUCUCAUUACAAUGCAUGGUGACAUUCUUCUUAUAGAUCAAGAUGAGCCUAGGACUUAUCAAGAAGUUGUGGCGAGCCCAGACUCUGAGAAAUGGCUCGAGGCCAUGAGAUCUAAGAUGGAUUCCAUGUAUGAAAACCAAGUAUGGACUUUGGUUGACCCACCCGAAGGGGUUAAACCUAUAGGGUGCAAGUGGGUUUUCAAAAAGAAAACGGACAUGGAUGCUAUGUUUAAAUCCAUCAGGAUCUUGCUCGCCAUAGCUACAUUUCAUGAUUAUGAAAUCUGGCAGAUGGAUGUCAAAAUAGCUUUCCUUAACGAGAAACUUGAAGAGGAUGUGUACAUGACACAACCUGAAGGUUUUGUUAAUCCAAAGGAUGCUGGAAAGAUAUAUGUCUCAUAUGCCUUAAGUAUGACAAGCAGGUACCAAGUAGAUCCCGGUGAAGGUCACUAG